CGCAUAACUCAUCAUGGAAUCGCCAUUACCCUCAUACUCUCGACCGCUCACCAGCAGUGGUAUCCCCCCUUCCUCUCCCUACCAAAAUGGAUUUGCCGGUCGACCACAGUCACAGUCUUUGGAUCAGCGCAUUCCUCUGAUAUUUAGAAGAUUACAUCGGUUCAAACACAUGGAUUUUGAGCAAGCAGCAUGGCAGCUCACGUAUCUAUGUAUUGCGCCUCGACGAGUGUACAGGAAUGUGUACUUUCACAAGCAGACGAAAAACCAGUGGGCUAGGGAUGAUCCAGCUAUCUUGGUUUUGAUUGGGGCUUGUUUAGCUGUCGCAGCAGUCGCCUGGUCACUGGUUUACUCAUACUCUUUCUCUCAAACGUUGGAAUUGAUCUUCUUCAUGAUCGUCCGCGAUUUUCUCUUAUCUGGAAUCGUAGUCGCUACCAUUCUGUGGCUGCUCUCGAACCGCCUCCUCGUCCAACUAACACCCACUUCACAUUACACUCAUAACUCUACUUCAGACUCUCGCGUAGAAUGGGCUUACGCAUUCGAUGUCCAUACAAAUGCCUUCUUUCCGCUGUUUUUGACGCUCUAUGUCGCGCAACUUUGUUUCUUGCCGAUUGUUUUGAGAGGAGAGAAGGAUCGUCAGCAGAAUUGGUUGUACAUGUGGGUAGGGAAUACGCUUUGGGUCGGAGGUUUUGCGCAGUACAUCUAUGGGAUUUAUCUUGGUUUGAAUGCACUACCCUUCUUGACCCAUUCGCAACUGCUACUUUUCCCUCUACUUCCGCUCUUCACCGCCUAUGUUAUUUCUCUGAUAGGCUUCCCGAUUGCCAGACCAGUAUUGGCGUGGUAUUUCGGUUCGUAGUGCUCGAUGUCCAGACGCAUGUUGUACCAGAACUAUGUGAAUCGCACAAUACAACUCUGUAGCAGAACACGGAUAUGUUUCUUUUCGCUGUUGUUACAGAAUGGCAGACUUCCAUCCC